AGCAACAGUUAAAGAAUUUCACCGGAACCUGUGAAGGAGAUAAACUCAGAGACAAACAGGCGGAAGUGAAAGUAAAACCCAAGUGUUUCCUAGUUCAUAGACGGAGUGGCACAGAGUCAUGAGCGCUCUACAGUUUAACAGCGUUUUACUGGAGAUUUCUAACCAGCUGUCCGCCGAGCAGCUGGACAAACUAAAGUUUCUGUGCCGAGACAUGAUCGGGAAACGGGACCUGGAGAAGAUUAACACCGGAAUCAGACUGUUUCAGCUCCUGUCGGAGAGAGGCAAACUGUCAGCCGACAACACGGAGUGGCUGUGUCAGCUCCUCGUCGAAAUUAAACGACAGGAUCUCUCCGACAAAUUGAACAAUUCUGAAAGUCAAGCUGGAUUUAACGACAACCAACCGGACGAGGAGGAGAGAGCCAAACUGGACAUUGCCACAGAGGUGAUCGCUGAGAAGCUGGGAAGGAACUGGCGUAAACUGGGCCGUAAACUGGGACUGAAUGACGUGAAGCUGGAGUCCAUCUCCAGGAGGCAUCCCACAGAGCUGGAUGAAAUAGUGAGGGAGCUGCUGAAGGAGUGGAGGAAGAGUCAAGGAGCCGAGGCCCGAACAGAGAAGCUGAUACAAGCCCUGAGAGCCUGCGACUUCAACCUGACUGCUGAUAAUGUGGAGGACGCACUUGCAAAACGCUGAUAUGGGUGGAGGUUUACAGAUCAUAUAAGACUGAGAUGAACUCUAGGAAUGAAAUCGAAAACUCUGACUAACCUUCAAGAAAAGAAAAUUAACUUUCAAGAAAGUUAUACAAAGAUAUAUAAACGUAUGCAAAAAACUAUCUUUUGAUCAAUAAAUUGACUUCUUGAAUGUCAAAUAACAUGAUUCUGAUUAUGUUUCAUGGUUUUACCUGAAGAGGAAAACAAACAAGUGAACUCGGACAUAUUCUGAUUAAUCAAAUAAUGAUAAAGCAACUGAAUGGGGAACAUUUAAACAUUAGUAAUUAUAAUGCGUCACCUAAUAAUGAUCAUCCGGCAACAGGGAGACUUCUGCAGGUGAUUGUGGACACAUUUACCAAUUAAUAAUAAGUUUCAUUAUAUUACAUGUUUCAAAACAAACAUACAAAAUGCUUAACAGUAAAAACAAAUAAUGAAAAUAAAUAAAAUCUAAAAUAAUUGAAACAAAUAGCAACAGUUAAUAAAAAGCCUUGAGAUAAAAGUGAGUUAUAAGAAAGAGAUGUAAAAGUGUGACUUCCUCAGCUGAAGGGCCGGGACAGGAAAGGUCUUAGUGACACUGUGAAACCAUGAGCCUGACCAUUCAAGGCUUUUAAAACAAGCAGUAAAGGACUGGUGUGAUGUGCUGGUGCUCGGUGAUGACAUGGCCCCCACAGAAUAGUCCUGUAAGUCUUGUGCGUGAUUUAUCCUGACUUCAUACAAGUAGAGGAAGUCUGCUAGCCACUUGGCUAAUUUACGCAAUGUAAAAUGCCUUAGGCUGAUGCUAAUAAUGUUAGCAUGUUGUAUUUGUAGGUUUUGAAUGAAAGUGUUUUGUCUGUGAACUAGGCUUUAGUGUCAAGGCCAGCAGGGGGAACCAUAAAUAUAAAUUGAAAAUUUAGAAUUAUAAUUUAAAAUCUAUAAAACUGCAGGACAUUUUUGGACAUGCGUGUACAACAACUAAAAACAGCAGAGAGUGAAAACCAGAUUGGAUUUGUUGGAAGUGUUGUUCAUUAAAGAAACCAGUGUGGAGACAAUUUUUUGGAAAAAAAAAAAAAAAA